AUGGCAUCCCACCAGCAGGUAUGUCUCAGUGACAAGGGGGAAAAAUUGAUGAAGGCAAGGACCAGAAACACAGCAACUUCUGAUUCAGAUGCUGACCAUCGAAGUGCUGUAUUUCGUUCUGCAAAAAUGAGGGGCUCGGUGUGGUGUCCUUUCUCAGUAGGGCUGCUGCUUUGCAGUUUUGGGGGUCCUGUGUGGAGUGGACGACAAAUGGACAAACUGGCAGAGAAGAAGCUGUGCGCGGAUACUGAGUGUGACCACCCCAUUUCCAUCGCAGUGGCCCUCCAGGAUUACAUUGCUCCCGACUGUCGCUUCAUCAACAUCCAGAGGGGCCAAGUGGUCUACGUCUUCUCCAAGUUGAAGGGCCGUGGGCGACUCUUCUGGGGAGGCAGCGUGCAAGGUGACUAUUAUGGGGAGCAGCCAGCCCGCCUGGGUUAUUUUCCCAGUGCCGUGGUCCAGGAAAACCAGUACCUGAAACCAGGCAAGAUUGAAGUGAAAACCAGUAGGUGGGAUUUCUACUGCCAGUAAUGUGAGCUGCUUGGAUCGGAAAAAUCCCUUGGAUUGACCAUGCCAGCCUUGGAGAGUGGGUUAAUCUCCCACCACCCUUAUUUUGAUGAAGGCAAACUCACCUUUCUAAAUGCUUUGUUGCUAACUGCCUUCAAAUUGACUUUGAUUUAUGGCAACCCUAUGAAGGAGAGACCACCAAAUCACCCUUUUAAACCCACUUUAAAAGGCCUCAAUCCCUCCCAUGACAUCAUUUCUCACACACCUGCUUUUCCUCUCCUUCAAAUUGACUUUGAUUGAUGGCAACCCUAUGAAGGAGAGAUCACCAAAUCACCCUUUUAAACCCACUUUAAAAGGCCUCAAUCCCUCCCAUGACAUCAUUUCUCACACACCUGCUUUUCCUCUCCUUCAAGUUGCCUUUGAUUUAUAGCAAUCCUAUGAAGGAGAGACCACAAAAUCACCCUUUUAAACCCACUUAAAAAGGCCUCAAUCCCUCCCAUGACAUCCUUUCGCACACACCUGCUUUUCCUCUCCUUCAAGUUGACUUUGAUUUAUGGCAACCCUAUGAAGGAGAGACCACCAAAUUACCCUUUUCUCAAGUCUUGCAGAUUCAAGGCUGCCAUGGCUUUUCCAAUUGAGUCCAUCCAUCUGGAAUGCCAUCUUCUUCUUUUCCUACCACCUUCCAUCUUUCCAAUAAUUAUUGCUUUAUCUCAUAUCUUCACAUGAUAUGACCAAAGUAUAACAGCCUCAGAUUAGUCAGCCUUGAUUUACUCUUGGACAAAUGGUCUAGAUCAGGUAUGGGCAAACUUCGGCCCUCCGG